GGUUAUUAGUGUUAUUCGCGCCAUUUUCCUGACGUCAAACUGUAAACAAACACCUAACCUAAGUGAUAGUGUAACCAUGUAGUACACAAGUGGUUAAAAGCUUUUGCAAGUUACCGGCGAAAUUGUCUUUGGAGUAGAUGAAAGCAAAAUGAAGGCCAUAUUAAGAUAUAUCGAGGUGGAUAACUUCAAGUCCUAUAAAGGCGAAUAUGUCAUCGGUCCUCUUAAACCUUUUACGGCCGUCAUUGGCCCCAAUGGAUCCGGCAAAUCCAAUUUUAUGGAUGCCAUCUCGUUUGUUAUGGGAGAAAAAACAUCUAGUCUUCGUGUUAAGAGACUCAGUGACCUAAUUCAUGGAGCAUCCAUUGGCAAGCCAGUAUCUCGUUCUGCACAAGUCACAGCUGUGUUCAAGAUGGAAGAUGGAUCUGAAAAACGGUUCACACGUCUUGUACAAGGAUCAUCUUCAGACCAUAAAAUCAAUGAAAAGGUUGUAAGCAGCCAGACAUACAUGAAAGAACUUGAGGCACUUGGUAUUAAUGUAAAAGGUAAAAAUUUCUUGGUCUUCCAAGGUGCUGUUGAGUCCAUAGCUAUGAAGAAUCCUAAGGAAAGGACUCUGCUCUUUGAGGAAAUCAGUGGUUCAGGAUCUUUAAAGGAAGAAUAUGACAGACUGAAGACAGAGAUGUUGAAGGCCGAGGAAGAUACCCAGUUUACAUAUCAGAAGAAGAAAGGCAUUGCUGCAGAGCGUAAAGAAGCAAAGCAGGAAAAAGAAGAAGCGGAGAGAUAUCAGAGAUUGAAAGAUGAAUUGGGAGAGAAACAAGUCGAGAUGCAGCUUUUCAGAUUGUACCACAAUGAGAAAGAAAUUGCUGAAUUUGAAAAAGAAUUGAGAAGAAAACAAGGAGACCUGGAGAAAGUUGAAAAGAAAAAAGAAAAAGCUGAAGAAAUUUUGAAAGAGAAGAAAAAGGAGCAUACAAGAGUGUCACGAGAAAUGUCUAAGAUUGAUCAGGACAUAAGAGAAUUGGAAACUGAAGUGAACAAGAAACGACCCACUUUCAUUAAAGCUAAAGAACGAGUUGCCCAUAUGCAGAAGAAAGCAGAUUCUGCUAGAAAAUCUUUAGCUCAAGCAAUCAAAGCUCACAAUGCCCACAUGGAUGACAUCCGAGAGCUUGAAGGUGAACUUCAGGAAGUAGAGAAGAAGCGAGCUGAAUUUGAGGAUCAGGUUUCCCAAGAUUCAGAAAAUCAAGGGAAAAGUGUGCAUCUAGAAGAAGUUCAGAUAAAAGAAUAUCAUAAGUUAAAAAAUGCUGCUGCUCGCAAAUCAGCCCAAUACCUCCAAGAGUUGGAUUCCAUAAAUCGUGAGCAAAAAUCUGAUCAAGACAGGCUUGAUAAUGCACAGAGGCGUACUUCUGAGAUUGAGAGUCGACUGAAGCAGAAAGGGCAUGAACUAGAUGAAGCACAGAAGCGAGUUGAAAAGUUACUUGAACACAUACGGCAAUCUGAAACUUCCCUUGAUGACCAGAAACGUCUUAGAAAGGAACUUGAAUCAGAUGUAGGAUACAGCAAAGAAAGAAUCACACAACUCCAAGAACAACUAGAGAAUGUUACUGAACAACUUGGUGAUGCACGAGUAGACAAGCAUGAGGAUUCAAGGCGAAAGAAGAAGCAGGAAAUUGUAGAGAAUUUCAAGCAACUGUAUUCUGGUGUUUACGAUCGUAUGAUUAACAUGUGUCAGCCAAUCCACAAAAGGUACAAUGUUGCCAUCACAAAAGUUCUUGGCAAGUACAUGGAAGCUAUUGUGGUUGACACAGAAAAAACAGCUCGUCAGUGUGUUCAGUAUCUCAAAGAUCAGAUGUUGGAUCCUGAAACGUUCCUCCCUCUUGAUUACAUCCAAGCAAAGCCUCUUAAGGAACGCCUCAGAAAUAUCAAAGACCCAAGGAAUGUCAAGCUUCUCUAUGAUGUUCUUCAGUAUGAUCCUCCAGAGAUCAAAAGAGCUGUGUUAUUUGCCACUAACAAUGCACUAGUUUGUGAAACUCCUGAGGAUGCAUCAAAAGUGGCAUAUGAAAUGGAAGAUGGACAUCGGUAUGAUGCUGUUGCACUUGAUGGUACGUUUUUCUCCAAGUCUGGUAUUAUUUCUGGUGGUAGUUUGGAUCUGGCAAGGAAAGCCAAGAGGUGGGAUGAAAAACACCUUUCAAAUUUGAAGUCAUCAAAAGAAAAGCUAACAGAAGAGUUACGAGAAGCCAUGAAGAAAUCAAGAAAAGAAUCUGAGCUGAACACUGUAGAAUCUCAGAUUCGUGGUAUAGAGACCAGAUUGAAAUAUUCUAAAGCUGAUAAAGACACAACUGAGAAACAGAUUGCACAAUUGCAGAAAGAAAUCGAUAAAUUAAAAGAUGAAUUAGGCACAUUUGAGCCACAGCUUCAUGAAAUAGAAAAGACAAUGAAGGAGCGUGAAGCAACAAUGAGUGAUGUGAAGGAGAAAAUGAACACAGUGGAGGAUGUGGUGUUUGCAGAUUUCUGCAAGUCUAUAGGCGUCACUAACAUUCGUCAGUAUGAAGAGAGAGAGUUACAGGCCCAGACAGAAAGGGCAAAUAAGCGCUUGGAAUUUGAAAAACAGAAGAAUAGGAUAUUGAAUCAACUGGAGUUUGAAAAAUCUCGUGACACGCAAAGUAAUGUAGCAAGAUGGGAAAGAGCUGUGCAAGAUGAUGAAGAUGCCUUAGAACAAGCAAAGCAAGCUGAACAGAAACAGGUAUGA